AUGGAUCAAAGUAUCAAUUUAAACCCUCAAUUUGACCAAAUUGGUAAACAAUUUGUACAACACUAUUACCAAACCUUUCAAACAAACAGACCUGCUCUUGGAGGAUUAUAUGGCCCCCAAUCAAUGCUAACAUGGGAAGAUACCCAGUUUCAGGGCCAAGCCAACAUUGUUAACAAGUUGAACUCUCUUAGUUUUCAGAGGGUCCAAUUUGAAAUUACUCGUGCAGACUGCCAGCCUUCUCCAAAUAAUGGAUCAAUUGUCUUUGUUACUGGAGAUGUUAGAAUUGACGAUGGACAGCCUUUAAAGUUUUCACAAGUUUUCAAUCUUGUACCUUCUGGAAACGGUGGGUUCAUAAUAUUUAACGAUUUAUUCAGACUAAAUCUUGGUUAA